AUGUCCAACUUGGAAAAUGUCGACAUCCAAACGAUUGUCGAGCGCGGUGUUGUCCGCCUUCCCCGCAAGCCGACAGCCACGCUAUCUUAUGGUAUCGCUCAAGGCCACGGUCCGCUCUCGACGACGCAUUUACUUGUCUUCCUUAAUGGACUGAUCAUGCACCAGCGCGGAUGGGACGCCACAAUACAGAAACUUCUACAAACGUGGGGUGCAGGCGCCGGGACCGCCAAUUAUCCUUCGCUUCUUACUUACGAUCGCUACGGUCAGGGAGAUUCUGAACCUGAUCCGGCUGAUGAGCAAUCGAAAUAUGGGCAUGACAUGCGUGAAGUUGUCAGGGACCUCAACGACCUGCUUUUCAAGAUCUGGUACGACAAGCAACAAGAUGGAGCACCAUCAAGGCCCCAUUUGGUCUUUGUCGCCAACAGCAUAGGGUGCGUCAUUGCGCGCCUGUAUGCGGAGACCUACCCGUCGAGCGUGACCGCGCUGCUCCUCCUCGACAGCAACAUCGCGAACAGCGACCUUGUGUCCAUCUUCCCGGAUCCAGAUUUGCAGGACUUUGAUCCUACUUCGUUACCAGCGGGAGUCAGUGUAGCUGAUCUGCGGGACACCCGUGCUAAGUAUAAGGCUAUUUUUCACCCCUCCGUCCGCAACCCCGAGAAUUUGGACCGACGCAACGUUGCGGAUCUAUUGCCAUAUGACCACAAACCUGUUCUAAAAGGUCCCGAUAGCAGAGGAGCAUGGAUCACGGUCGUAGAGCACGAUUGGGAUACCUUUGCCGAGGAAGGCCUAACGGGUUCGCUGAAGACGCCCAAGGGUCUGACAAACGCCUACAUGAACCCAGCCUGGCAUCGUUACAACGAGGGACUUGUACGCUUGACGGAAAAAGAGAGGUCAGAGGGUCCUGUGACGGCUAAGGGGUGUGGGCACUUCAUUCAAAGGGAUGACCCAGGCUUUGUUGCUAAUGCCAUCCAUCGGUUGGUAAUGAAGUUGAAGCAAACCUCAUGA